AAUAGUAAAUACCACAAGUGACAAGUGUUAAAACUUAAAAUUUGUGAAAUAAAAAAACUUAAUUAAAACGUUUUUUUUUAAUUUAAGAAUAAUUGGACAAUCAUUUUUAUCAGUUCUAAAAUUUAAAGUAAACAAAAACAUUAUUUGAUUUUCUUUUUAUAUUAAUAUUUCCAGUUUGUAGUUGAAGAUUAUUAUUUUACUUUCUUAAACGUGGUUUUAUAAACAUGAGACGGCGUGCCGGAGUUGGUGCAGUUCAUAAGCAAAAACUAGAACAAGAAAAAUAUAAAGAUAAAGGGACAGUAAUUCAAGAAAAUCAACUAGAACAAAUGACCAAGCAAAUGGAUGUAUUCAGAGGUAAUUUAGAAGAGUUUGCCACUAAAUAUAAAAAUGAAAUAAAGAAAAAUCCACAAUUCAGAAGGCAGUUUCAAGAAAUGUGUGCUUCGAUCGGAGUUGAUCCAUUAGCGUCUGGCAAAGGAUUUUGGUCAGUGCUCGGUAUUGGUGAUUUCUAUUAUGAACUGGCUGUACAGAUUGUUGAAGUUUGUAUGGCUACCACAUACAAAAAUGGUGGUAUAAUUGUAUUAGACGAGCUCAGGGAACGUUUGAUAAAAGCCCGGGGUCGUAACAAGCAACAUCAAGAAAUCUCGGUUGACGACUUGUUAUGUGCAGCAAAAAAACUGAAAAUUUUCGGCAAUGGAUUUAGUGUUAUUCCCGUGGGCAAAGGACAAUACAUUGUUCAAUCUGUGCCUGGAGAGUUAAGCAUGGAUCAGACAGCCGUUCUUAAGCAGUUGUCGACAUCAGAUCAACCCUUUGUAUCUUUAACAUCAUUACAAGAACAACUUAAAUGGGAAGAAAAACGAGCAUCAAAUGCAAUCGAUCAAAUGAUCGCUGAAGGCUUGUGUUGGGUCGAUAAACAAAACAGUAAAGAAGUAUUAUAUUGGUUUCCGAGCAUGUUCACAGAGUGUAUAUCAUCCUAAAAAAAAAUAGGUAUAAAAUUACAAACCUAGAUAUAUAUAUAUCGUUGUUUAUUAACAAUAUUUAUAUUGUCGUUAUUUAACAAAACCAAAUAAAUUAUAUUGUGUUUUUACUUAUUUACAUAUAAAACUCAGAAAAUAUUGUCAGCAAGAGAUUAGAAACACUACUUUUUUAACAACAAAAGAAACUGUAAUAAACAACUUAUUUAUUCAUUUUAAAUUUCAGAAUCUUUACACUUAAGUAUAUACCUACAGUAGAUAAUUAUCAUUAAAUAU